AUGGAAGUCGAGGAGGUUCCAGCAGCUCCCAUUGAGAUCAAGUCAGAUGUUGACAACAAAUCCAAGGCAACCAAUAGUUUGCCGAAGAAACGAGGGAGCUCGGCGGCUGCAGUGAACCAGAAGAACAAGAUCACUGCGUUCUUCGUGAAGGCUGCUGCCGCUAGCACAGAAGUCAAGGAUUCGAAUCAGGAUAACAGUACUGAGAGGGGAAAGAAGGAGAAGGGGAGCGAAGAAUGUUCAGGGACGAUACAGGAAUCCACGGAUUGCAUUGUGCUCUCUGACCACGAUGGCGAAAAGGAGAUAGUGGCCCAUGACACGCCUCCAACAUCGAAGAAAUGCAAACCAAAUGAGGAAAGGUUGAAUCAGAAGCCUCUAGAUACCAAUGGCGAGAAAUCCGACGAAGCCAAGAAUGACGCUGUCAGGAAACAGAAGAAGUCAUCUACGGACCACAAGAAGAUUUCGGAGGAAAACUCCAAUAGAAAAGCAGAAACCGGGUCUCGCCAGAGCAUUCUCGAUUUUGGCAAGAGCGAUGGCAAGACUGUGUGGAAGAAAAAAUGUAGACCUGAGCAUCCAUGUGGCGAUGAAGUCAGUCUGAAUCAGCAAGCAAUGCUGAUUCUGCAGUUUUGCAACACUUUUAGCGAGGUUCUGGGCAUAACUGAAACUAUGGCUGAAGAGCUCAACCAAGGACCCUUUACGGUCAAAAGGUUUCCUUCGCCCGUGCUGUCAAAGCUGCAUGUAGCUUUUCUCCGUGCCAUCGUGAGAGGUGGGGAGACUCCCGACGAAGAAAGAAUGAUCGACGAAGACACUUGGCCAGAAGUUCUCCGCCAGCACCUUAAGGACAGCAAUGUCCCAGAACACCAGAAGUUGGUCGAGAAACUGUCAAACUUCGAGUACUCAGAGCUGUCAUUGACCGAACGUUUUGAAGCCCUGGAGUUCCUUGUAGAAGAUUGCAUCUCAAGCCCAGUGAUCGGGAAAUACAUAGACUCCAGCCUUGACCGCCUUGAGGAGCUACGCAAGGAGCAGCAGAUGGAGGAGAUCCUUGAGAAGUACAAGAAACCAGAGAUCGAAGUGUGCGACAAACUCGAUUGCUUCGUGGAGUCAGAAACGACGACCUCACCUCAGGAAGACCUGCAGAACUUGACGGACCGCCAGAGAGCGGUUGUUAAGGCAAGGGAGGACGAGGCGCGAGCACACAAGAUUGCGGAGGAGAAGAGGCUCCGUGAAGAGAAGAGAAUCGCAGAGGAGGAGAGCAAGAGGAAGGAAGAAAUAGGACGAAAAGAGAGGGCAGAAUCACGAAGCAGAGAAAUUUGCUUCCACACGUCCAUCGUGCGUGUUCCGUGCUUGUCGUCGGGGCAGCAGCGGUACUGGGUGGGAAAGUGCAUCAAACAGCGAGCGAACCUUCUCUGGGAGAACAUGCAGGGCACAGACCCUAAGCAGUCCUGCUGGAAGAUGAUCCAGCCCGGUGAGCCGAUGGAUCAAUUGUAUGAGCACUGGAGCCCGACUUAUCCGGAAAACGAGAUUGGAUUCCAGAAGAAGUUGCGAGACAUGGUUCAUACAUACUCCCUAUGCGAGGCCGAUGUGCCAGGGAAUCACCAAGGAGAUGAGAAAGAGGAGCAGGAGGAUGCAGCUGGGGACGAAGACAAGUCAAUAUUUCAAAGAGCACAAGAUGUUCUGCUGAACAUAGAAGAGUCCACUCCCGAAGACAUGCUGCAAAACUUUCUUAAAGCUACAAAGAUGAGAGAAGGGUGGGAUACUGUCCAAAAAGUCUGGAUCAAGGAUGUGGAGGAGGCAACCACAGUCUGUUCGCUUCUUUACCUCAUGAAGCAGCUCAGAGUCUAUAUCGGCAGACAGAAAUCGAGGCCGGGGAAACUUGCUUCCAUCUUCUCUGCGGUCCCUCUGAGGAUCACUCGAUCCCAGGGGACAAGAGCUACCAAGAGCGAGAGCGUGGAGCUCAGCGGGGAGAGCUCGGAGGAGGCGGAGGACAUGGAAGAAAACUCAGAUGGAGACGUUCAGCCGAAGGCUGUUCAGAAACGCGCUCGUCAAUCUCGUCCUGCUGCUCCUCUGAGGAGGUCAACUCGCACUGUCAACAAGGUGAAGAGAUACGAACAAGAGUCCUCGGACAGCGACAGCGACUUCUGCGAUUCAGAGACGAAGAGAGUGACUAGACGGACAGCGAAGCUGCAUGAGAAGCAAGAGACAACCCGCACGACUCGUCAGAGACUGUACACCCCGAAAGCCUUUUGA